AUGCGGCGGGCCUGGGAGGCCAUUGAAGCAGCCAGCAUGGAGAUGUGGGGCAUCAAACCAGUCCUGCAAUUUGCUUUCAACGUUGAAUGCAACAAGGCUUGUGUGAAGCUCUGCUCAGAAUCCUACAGCAAAUGCCUCUUCAAGAACAUAUUGGACAUGGUGUCCCCAAAUUCUAAUGGUGAUUGGGCACCUUCAAAGCUGCGGCUGGCCAAGAGGGCGUGUGCAAUCAAUAUCACCUCGGAUGACGUUGGCUUGAUUGGGGCCCCAUGCGUCCUCUUCAGCAGGUACGGGCUUGGAGAGGGCUUCACCAACAUUGCGAAGUCAAAGGUGCACCAUGCAGCCAUGAAGAUCCAGCAGCGGAUUGCAAUAUCCCUUCAUGAGAAUGUACCGGACUUUGAAGAGGAUCUUGGGGGUAUGUCUUGA